CUGUGGUAAUUUUAACAUCUGUCAAACUGAAGACAAAAAGUUAACUCCAAACGUUCGCCUAAAAUUUAUAUUUUGUUAAUUCGUGUAUGAAAUCAUUAUAGAUAUAGGAGAAAAUGACUGAGUUUUUUAAGAUUAUGAUCUGUCUGACUAUCAUCUUUGCCUUGGCGCCAUACGCGUCUGCAAUAAAAUGUUGGAAUUGUCGAUCCAACAAUGAUCCCAAGUGUGCUGACCCUUUCGACAACAGUACCGUACCGAUAACGGAUUGCGUGCAAGAAAAAGGACUGCCUCAUUUGCCGGGCGUGAGGCCGACAAUGUGCCGCAAAAUUAGACAAAAAGUAAACGGAGAAUGGCGCUACUUCAGAGACUGCGCAUAUCUUGGUGAGGUGGGCAUCCAAGGGGACGAGAGAUUCUGCCUGAUGAGAACUGGUACUUACAACAUAUUCUUAGAGUACUGCACGUGUAACAGUAAAGAUGGUUGUAACGCAUCAUACAUGAUCACACCGACUCCUGUAAUGCUGUUGCUGCUGGUUGGCAUCAGUUGCUUGUUGAAGUUGUUUUCUUAGUAGAAAAUAUCAGUUUGACUUUAAC